UCUGCAUUUAUGUAAUCUGUUUCACUAUUUUCAAAGCUAUAUAAUUUUGAUGUAAGUAAUACAUCUACCAGCUGCUCCUUACCUUCGGAGGACUCAUCAUGACCGAGGCAAGAAGUGAGAAAUUAAAGAAAAAAGUGUUCUGGCCGCAAUGGAUCGCUGGUUGCGGAGUCUGGUUGUUGAUAACGGAACUGGGAUUAGUGGGAGGAUGGUCGUCUCCGUACAUCGACUACUUAACUUCUACAGAAUCUACAUUUCCGGUGACACUAUCGGAAAUAUCGUGGGUGGUGUCGUUAUUCAAUCUGGGAAGAUUUUUCGGUGCUGUUGGAGGCGCUAUAUGCGUCAACUACGUCGGUAGCAAGACAACAAUUACGAUCAGCAUUGUGCCCAUCUCGCUUGGUUGGCUUUUCAUCAUCUUGGCUAACAGCGUGGAGUGGUUAUACGUCUCGAGAUUUUGCAGUGGCAUCAGCCUAGGGAUGACCUACAGCUGCUAUUCUAUAUAUCUAGGGGAAAUAGCGGAUCCUAGCAUCCGAGGAGCAUUAAUGGCACUAGGCACGAGCGGCGUAGCGUCUGGAAACUUUAUAAUGAGUGUUAUGGGAGCGUAUUUGUCGAUGACUGUAUCAGCCACGAUAGCCUUAGUCUUUUGCCUUUUGCUGAUGAUUCUUUUCAUCUGGCUGCCAGAAUCCCCUCAUCAUUUGAUUGAGAAAAGCUUGUACGAGAAAGCAAAGUCAUCGAUUCGAUGGUACCAUAGAGACUAUGACGUAGAAUCGGAAUUCAUGGACUUACGAAAGUUUGUUGAAAAUGUCAGUAAGCAAACGUUAACAGAGUCUCUCAGGGAGUUAAAAAUUCUUCAUUUCCGCAAGUCGAUUAUUAUUGUUGCGAUUCUUACCACGUACGCUCAAUUGAGCGGAAUCAAUAACAUUUCGUUUUACAUGGAGUCGAUCUUCACGUCCGCAAAAGUUAGCGUGUUGGAGCCAGCGCAAGUAGUGAUAAUAGUGAUGGCAUGUGGUAUCAUUGGAUCUUGUUUAUCAAUGCUUUUAAUGGACAGACUUGGGAGGAGAAUUCUUAUGGUCAUAUCGUGCACUGGAAUCGCGUUAUCCUUAAGCCUGUUAACGGUCGAGUUUCAAUUGUUAGAUUUUGGUUUUGAUUCAAAAACAGUAGAAGGACUAGCAAUUACCGGAAUGAUAGCUUUCUACAUAACAGUUUUCUCGGGUGUUACUCUCCUACCACCAACGAUGCUUGGCGAACUCAUUCCUCCUCAUCUAAAGUGCGUCGCGGCAUUUAUUAUCAGCAGCACAGCCGCCGUUAUCUCUUUCAUCUCAACCGUCACUUACAUGCCGCUGCUUAAUUUUCUGAAUGAACGAUAUUUGUUUCUAUUUUAUGGCCUGUUAGAGGCUACGGCUAUACCAUUUACCUUGAUCUGUGUACCUGAGACGAAAGGAAUGUCCCUACAAGAAAUUCAGGAUCAACUGACGGGGAAGAGUAAAGCUUGAAGUAUAUCUAGUGCUAAUAAGGCUAAUCUCUUUCUUCAACAGAUAUUUUGUUGGAACCGAUGAAAGCGCAUCUCAAGGAAUUUUCCAGUGCAUCCAGAAACGACGGACGAACGUUGGAUAAUAGAAGAAAAGGUCGCGAUGCCUGUUGUUCUUUUGCUUGCCAUUCUUCCUUUAACCGAGAAACGAUGUAGCUAUUUCUCUUUGGGGCGGACACACGCCGCCGUAACGUCGACGAUGGAACUCGGCCAGUUUCAUAUUUUACAAGACGAUAUUUCAGCCGUGCUGGCUACGCCAACAAUGUUAAAGGUGACACGGUCCCAUGGUGGCACUGCUGAAAAUUGGACACUGCCUUAUCUCGCCCGGGUCAUUGCACGAUGACUGUUCUUGAUAUCCUUAUAAACAUCAGGGCAUCGAUACGAAUUUACGAUACGACUUUUCUUUACCAUUAAAUGAUACGAGCGUGUAUUACAAAGAAGCUCUGAUAAUAGAUAUUAGCACCAAAAACUGUCACCGAUUUCGCAAACUAUCUCGCUUUUAUAAACAUUGCGAAUAACACGAGAACUAUAUUCCGCAAUAAAAGAAACAUAAGAAGAGACAAUUACAAUAAAAAAAAAUGAUUUAUCAUAGCGUAUUAAUGAUACAAGCUAGAACGUAUAAAAUUACGUUAUGUUACAUUUCCGUGAUGACGAACCGAACAUCAACGCGGCGAAUUAAUUACUUAAACGUAACUGUUAUUUCAUAAUAAAUGUUUCACGUAUCGCGCACACAUCCGCUGUUCCUCCGGGCGUAUGUGACCAGUUAUCAUUUUAAAUUGAUUAUCGUGCAACCCAAUUGCGUUUCGAGAGUUGCGUGAACCAAUAAUUCUUUGAUCCAUCCAGGGUGGAAUAAUGGUCACGGAGCCGACUUUGCCCUCUGACAUGCGCCAACGCUGUUAAGUUAUUGCAUUUAGCCCGAUUCAGAUUUACGAUAAGCCGAUUUCCAGAAGGAAUAUCCUACAGAAUAAAAGAUUAUAGGAAUUAUUGUAAUUAAUAUCGUGUCCAUAUCGAGAAAAUGUAUCAAGCUUUUAACAUCGUCUCUACAGUUAUCUGUCCGCUUCAUGAAAUAUUCAUAAAUAUUCACUUUUUGCUUUCGUUA